AUGAACGUGGAGUAUGGAAUGGGUCCCCACACCCUGCUAGCAAAUGAAGAAGAAGCUCUGAACUCUAUUAUGAAGGAUUUGGCAGCGUUGGGCAAAUGCGGGGGGCUGCUGGACAACAACAGGAAUAAAAACAGUGUCCACUCCAGCAAACAGCAGCGAAAUGUCAGGAUCAAGUUUGAAUAUGAAGGAGAGAAAAGGAUUAUCCAGUUCCCCAGACCAGUCAGAUUCAAAGAAGUGGUGCAGAAGGUCACGGAUGCUUUUGGACAGACGAUGGACUUAGUCUGUGUGAACAAUGAGCUCCUGAUCCCGCUGAAAUCCCAGGAAGACUUGGACAAAGCCAUGGAACAGUUGGAGCUGAGCCCUUCCCUGAAGAGCCUGCGGGUCCUUGUGAGCGCUCCAAAGAAAGCGAAUCUGCUGCAGCCGAACAACAGUAAACAGCAUGAAAUGAGGAUCUCCAGAUCCAUGGGUGAUAUCAUGGGAUCCCUGUACAAAGACUCCGAGAGGACGCGCAAGUAUUCCACAGGCUCUCUUCACACCGGCCGGAGCUCCCCGCCCCCGGGGAGUGUUCCCGAGGAGCAGCAGCAGAUCGCUCGCCAGGGCUCCUACACCAGCAUCAACAGCGAGGGCGAGUUCAUCCCCGAGACCAUGGACCAGAACAUGCUUGAAGCUUUCAUCAGCCCCGACGAGUCGCUGUCUGGGAGCUGCCAGUCGCUGGACAGAUCCGUGGACAGCCCUCCCUUUACCCAAACCCCUGUUCCUGGAAGGAAGACCCAUCCCAAAGACGGUCUGGAUUGCAUGGAUUUGGACAUCCCGUUCUGCGAGAGGUUUGGGAAAGGUGGGACCUUCCCGAGGCAGUACCACCUCUCCCAGAGCCGCAAGGACUACAGCGAUGGCCGGAGAACUUUCCCCAGGAGUUACUUCCCCCAGGAGAACCUGUUCCAGCUCGUCCCUUCUAGCCGAACCAAGAGCUUUAAUGGGGACAGCAAGCUCAGCACCUUGCAGUACGACGAGUACAGGCCCAAGUGGUGGAGCAAUUGUGAAAAGGGCCUGCAGGUCUUCAGCACCUCCCCUACGAAAGCUAGAAACUCCCUGCAGGCACCUGUGAACUGGAGGCUGGGGAAGCUGCUGGGAAGAGGAGCUUUUGGGGAGGUUUAUCUCUGCUACGAUGCUGACACUGGCCGGGAGCUGUCGGUGAAGCAGGUGCCUUUUGACCCUGACAGCCAGGAGACAAGUAAAGAGGUGAAUGCCUUGGAAUGUGAGAUCCAGCUGCUGAAGACUCUCCGUCACGACAGGAUAGUGCAGUACUACGGGUGCUUGCGGGAUCCUGAGGAGAAGAAGCUGUCUAUCUUUGUUGAAUACAUGCCAGGGGGCUCAAUAAAGGACCAGCUGAAAGCCUACGGUGCUCUGACCGAGAACGUCACACGGAAGUACACCAGGCAGAUCCUGCAGGGAGUCUUCUACUUGCACAGCAAUAUGAUUGUCCACAGGGACAUUAAAGGUGCCAAUAUUUUGAGAGAUUCUGCUGGAAAUGUGAAACUCGGAGAUUUUGGGGCCAGCAAACGCAUCCAGACGAUCUGCAUGUCUGGGACUGGGAUUAAAUCUGUCACAGGAACACCGUACUGGAUGAGCCCAGAGGUUAUCAGUGGAGAGGGCUACGGAAGGAAAGCGGACGUGUGGAGCGUGGCCUGCACCGUGGUGGAGAUGUUAACGGAGAAGCCGCCCUGGGCAGAGUUCGAAGCCAUGGCGGCUAUUUAG